AUGCUGAACUCGAAAGAACAAAGCACGCAGUCGUCCAAUACACCGACCGAAUUCGAGGAAGAUGGCGUCUUCGUCGCUCUCACUCACGACACUUUGGACGCCGUUGCUAUCAUGAACAAAGUUCGAAGUCCGAAAGCUGGAGCUAUCGUGCUGUUCGCUGGAACUACUCGCGACAACUUUGGAGACAAGCCUGUCGUGCACCUGGCUUACGAAGCAUAUGCUCCACUUGCCAUCAGAACCAUGACCAAAAUCGCACGAGAGAUCAAGGAGAGGCACGGUCUAAACGGCGUGGCAAUGAUCCAUCGUCUUGGAGUUGUGCCCAUUGCAGAGGAAAGCAUCCUGAUUGUAGUGUCGUCACCACACCGACAGGCGGCAUGGCGAGCAGGAGAGGAAGCACUGGAGUUGACCAAGGAGAAAGUCGAAGUGUGGAAGUUGGAAGAGUUCGGUGGUGAGGAAGGCGGCGUAUGGAGGGCUAACAGAGAUGGACGGGCAGGUGUGAAGAUCAGCGAUUAA